AGGAUUUACAGCAAAAGAUCCAAAAUGAUGGACGAUGGCCUCAUGGUAUCCAACUGUACACCGUACCGGUACCAGUACCGGUAUCGUUCAACUUCAGCCAUCACUUCCAACAACAGCGACGGCAGCCCGAUACGACAGAGUUAAAAAGCUAUCUACGACAGACACUCUCUAGCUAGAACAAUGUCGAGCAGCAGCCUGGCCAGUCUCCAGCUCAAAUUGGCUCUGCAGCUGCACGCCAUUAAGAAAUCUAUAUCCAAUUUGGGCAAGACACCCGUGAGCAAAGAUGAUCGAGGCCAAGUCCAUGUCGACGGAGAAGAUACCGACGAAGCCGUCAUGGCAGCCUCUCCUUCCAUCAUUCAUGUCAUUGCGGCAGUGGCCAUGAUUUCGGGAGCCGUUACAGGGUACCUGUAUUCUUGGUAUCUCAUUGAAUUUGCCGCCUUUUGUUUGCUGAUAAUAUCGCCCGUGGUGGCCGUUCAAAAGGUCAAACUGCAGUUGUUGGGAGAUAUCCGGGGACAGCACAACGGCUUGCGAUCCAAGUGCAAUGUGCUGUUGACCGAAAAUGACAAGCUCAAGGGCACUGUCCAGGAAAUGAAGACUCAAACGGAUAGAUUAUCCCAAGUAGAAGAGGGAUUAUCCAAGAUUGCCGAGGAAAGCAACACGGAAGUCGCUCGGCUGGUAGAAAUCGUCAAGGAGACCAAAACCCUGCAGACACAAAUCAAAAAGUCUCUGGAACGACAAGUCAUGCAGCAGAUCAUCUCGGCCGUGGUCGCCAGUGACCAAGAUGGAAACUUUUCCUUGUCGCCCAGGGAAACGAAUAUCCUCAAGGCCCGUCUCAAGCAAAUCGACGGAGUCAACCUCAAUGAAGAGAAAUUCUAUCAGAUGAUUGCCGCAGACGACAAUGAACUCACCGUGCAGGAUGUCAUGAAGAUUGUUCGCAAUCUACUCGAUGACAGUGUCCCUGCGGAGGACAAUGUGUUUGUCCUGGAACCUCAAAGUCUUUCGCAGAACAAAUCCAUUCCGUUUCUUCCUUGGUGACACUUGCAUGCAUAAACCGAUGAUCCAGAACCAAUCAACGAGCUAGCUAGGCAAUCCAAACAAACGAUGCAAGUUACUGAAAAUGCCACAUUCACCUUCAAGCCUCCUUCUUCCAACUAAGAUUUGGCCACGCUGGCCCGUUGACAAAACUUCUUCACUCCUGCCAGGUGUAGACGUACAAACAAAGGCUAAAUUGAUUAGGAAAUGUAUCACUCGAGUAGCACCACAACUUGCACCUUAAAGGAGACGAAACUCUCGCUCGCUACUAGAGGGACUGGACGCAAAAAAAGUCCGGCAAGGAGUACUGGAAGGGCA